AUGGCGCAGUCGUCUGGGGGUGCGGCUAUUGUCAUUGACAAUGGCUCUUCAGCUGUCCGCGCAGGAUGGUCCUUUGAGGAGCAGCCGCGGUUGAACAUCCCCCCGAUCAUGUCCAAGUACCGCGACCGAAAAGCUGGGAAGACGUACUCUUUCGCCGGCAGCGAUUGCUACGCCGAUACGACGGCGAGGAGCCACAUUCGGUAUGCGCACGAGCAAGGGACGGGCAUAGUCAGCAACUGGGAUGUCAUGGAACACGUUCUCGAUUAUAUCUUUCUCAAGCUCGGCUUGAACGGCGACGAUGCGUCCAUAGACAUACCCAUCGUCAUGACGGAGACGGUGGCUAACCUGCCCUAUUCCCGGAAAUGUAAGCUGAACUUGGGGAAGCCUCAUCGACUGCCUGACUGA